AUGGCGUCCAAUGGGACAAGUUCAAUAGCAGAUCCUGUUUUACUGGGGACUACUCUGCUGGAUUCACUCAUACCAGGCUCUCGCAUCAUAUUCCACUUCUUCACAUCAUACCUUAAGAUCGACAUCAACGGUUAUAUCCAAAUUCUGAUCGGUUUCGCCCUACUCGCAGGGUGCAUACAAUAUCUCCAUCCUGAUAUCAUGCAGAGGAUCGGCGAUCUCAUCAUCUCAACGGCAGAAAUACGCAUGGAGGAUGAAGUAUUCGCCUACAUGAUGUACUGGAUCUCCCGCCAACCCCAUAUGAAACGUACUAGCCGAUUUCUCGCCGCUAUCAAAUUCAAGCACGACCCCUGGGACGAUUCCGAUGACAGUGAUAGUGAAGGUGAAGCCAGCGACGAUGAAUGCUGGGACGAGUCAGAAAGUAAAUUGACCACCUUCGACGAUUACUGGGCCAAAAUGAUGAACCGAGACAAGUACAAGGCCAUCAAUUUCACCCCAUCCGAAGGCUCUCACUACUUCCGGUACCGGGGCCGUCUCAUCAAGCUUCGUCGUAAACAGGAAAGGAGCACAUCUCGCGAUCUUGGCAGAAGUGAGCGACUGUGGCUAUCAUGUUUUGGAAAGAACCCGGAAAUUCUCAGACAGCUGUUGCUAGAAGCACAAAAGACCUACAUCGAGCGCGAUGGUAACCGCACUCUGAUCUACCGUGCAAGGCGCUAUUAUGAGCGCGAUUUCCACUGGAUGAGAUGUAUGUCGCGGUCACCGCGUCCGUUAUCAAGCGUCAUUCUCGAGCAGGCACAGAAGCAGGAGUUUGUCGAUGAUAUGCGUGAAUACCUUCACCCGCACACUCGCCGUUGGUACUUUGAUCGUGGAAUUCCGUACCGUCGUGGGUAUCUGCUACACGGUCCCCCUGGAACUGGCAAAACGAGUCUUUGCUUUGCGGCAGCGGGAUUGUUGGGAUUGAAGCUCUAUUUGCUGAAUCUGAAAAUGAAUGGGCUGGAUGAGGAUUCUAUGUGUUCGUUAUUUGGGGACUUACCACGGCGUUGCAUCGUGUUGCUCGAGGACAUUGACACUGCGGGAAUUACCCAAACUCGAGGCAAAACUGUUACCCCUCGGGAUGCGGAUGAUCAUGUCGUUCCUGCCUCCGAGACAGAGAGUUCUACUGAAAAUGUCUCUGAUGACUCUUCGAGAAAUAGCAUCACUUUGUCUGGACUGCUGAAUGUGAUUGAUGGAGUGGCUGCUAGCGAAGGUCGGAUCCUCGUCAUGACGACCAAUCACCUUGACAAGCUGGAUCCAGCUCUUCUCCGUCCAGGCCGCGUGGACAUGUCCAUCGGCUUCGGGUAUAUGUCGGAGAAUGAUAUCAAGGAGCUUUUUGCAUCGAUGUACAAGUUGAACGGAAGUGAUCGACCAUGCGCAUCAAAUGGCCAACAGCAAGUCAAGGGGGAGGUACAAAACGACGAGAAUGCGACAAGAAAAGGGGAAAAGCGAGAUAUUUCACUCGAUACUCAAACUUCUGAUCUCUGCGCCUCAUUCUCCCAGGUGAUCCCAAGCGGCGAGCUUACUGCUGCGGAGAUUCAAGGAUACCUGCUAAACCACAAGGACAAACCCGAAGCCGCAGUCGCAGGGGCCGCGAAAUGGGUUGAAGAGAUGCAGAAGAACAGGAAAAAUUAA